CGCGGGGCCGCCGCCGCGGGCUCAGGGCCGACCAUGCGCCCGCCGAGCCUGCCGCCGACCCUCUGGUUCUGCGUGUUGGCAGGAGUCCUCGCCUGCGCUCUCGGCCCCUCGGGCAGCCAGGCAAUUGGGCUGCAGCGGGAAGAGUGUAUGUAUCUGAAGAUGAUUGAGGAGCAGCGCACGCAGUGUCUGGAGGAGGCCCAGCUGGAGAACGAGACAGCAGGCUGUGGCAAGAUGUGGGACAACCUCACCUGCUGGCCGGCCACCCCUCGGGGCCAGGUGGUCGUCGUGGCCUGCCCCCUCAUCUUUAAGAUCUUCACUUCCAUUGAAGGCCGCAACGUGAGCCGCAACUGCACCAGUGAGGGCUGGAGAGAGCUGGAGCCUGGCCCCUACAUCUCUGCCUGUGGCAUGGAAGACAGGGCACCAGGUUUGGACGAGCAGCAGACAAGGUUCUACACUUCUGUGAAGAUCGGCUACACCAUCGGCUACAGCCUGUCUCUCGCUGCCCUCCUGGUCGCCACUGCCAUCCUGAGUCUGUUCAGGAAGCUGCACUGCACGAGGAACUACAUCCACAUGCAUCUCUUCAUGUCCUUCAUCCUGAGGGCCAUCGCCGUCUUCAUCAAAGACCUGACCCUCUUCGACAGCAAGGAGGUAGACCACUGCGAGGGCUCGGUGGGCUGUAAGGCAGCCGUGGUCUUACUGCAGUACUGUGUCAUGGCCAACUUCUUCUGGCUGCUGGUGGAGGGCUUCUACCUGUACACCCUGCUGGCCGUCUCCUUCUUCUCCGAGCGGAAGUACUUCUGGGGGUACAUACUCAUCGGCUGGGGGGCGCCUAGCACAUUCACCAUGAUCUGGACCAUCGUCAGGAUCUAUUUUGAGGAUUUUGGAUGCUGGGACACCAUCAACUCUCCAUUAUGGUGGAUCAUAAAGGCCCCCAUCCUCACCUCCAUCUUGGUGAACUUCAUCCUGUUCAUUUGCAUCAUCCGAAUCCUGGUUCAGAAACUUCGACCCCCAGAUGUCGGAAAGAGUGACAGCAGCCCGUACUCGAGGCUGGCCAAGUCCACCCUGCUGCUGAUCCCCCUGUUUGGAGUACACUACAUCAUGUUUGCCUUCUUUCCUGACAACUUUAAGGCUGAAGUAAGAAUGGUCUUUGAGCUGCUCCUGGGCUCUUUCCAGGGCUUUGUGGUGGCCGUCCUCUACUGCUUUCUCAAUGGGGAGGUUCAGGCAGAGAUGCGGCGGAAGUGGCGCCGCUGGCACCUGCAGGGCGUGCUGGGCUUGGACCCCAAGUACCAUCACCCAUCUGGAGGCAGCAAUGGGGCCACAUGCAGCACCCAGGUCUCUAUGCUGACGCGCGUCAGCCCUGGCGCCCGCCGCUCUUCCAGCUUCCAGGCUGAAGUCUCCCUGGUCUGAGCAGCAGAAGCCCUGGAAGGCCCCUUCUGCCUGCACCCACAGGUCCCUGCCCAGAGGCCUGAAGAACAUCACCCCUGUGCUGCCUGGGGAGAGCAGGGAGCAUGGACGAGG